AUGCUAUCAACACCAGCCCAAUACUGGUGGGCCCUUUUAAAGCUGAAGAACCAAAAUUACUUUAAAAACAAGAAGAUCUUGUCGGCUUAUGAUUCAGAUAAUGAUCAACAAGAGAUGAAGGUGAGUGAUGUAGCACAACAAUCGAUGGAUGAUCUGGUUUUGCAAGGUGAGGUGGAUGAGUAUGACCAAUGGUCUAAAGAAAGAGAAGAUUUUGAUAAUGGUAGUAGAGUUCGACUAGGGAAUGCGACUUCCAGAGGGACCAAAUAG